GAGAGGGAUAGAGACUGCAGCGGGGCCCAGUGUGUACACCUUAUCGUGUAUUCACCACCCUACAGCGUGUACAGGACCCUGUAUACAGCCCCCUGAGUACAGGUAUUGUUAUUACUACCCUGUUAUUACUGAAGAUUGUGUUUGACCUGCUGCAGUCUUGAUGCAGAGUCCACCAAUGCAGCCUCCGCCACCCCGAUCGUCACCAGGAGAUGGCAGCACCACUGGAGCCCCCCUGAGUGGGGGAACGCAUAACAUCUUUCGGCGGAAUGCUCCCUACAGACGACCUAAUACCCCACUGUCAGGAGCCCCUGUUACACUGCCUCUGCCACCAGUCACUGAUCCGUUUGGGCUUGGCCGGGAGACCCAGUCCAACAGUUUACCGUCACUGCAGAACACUGUCAAUGGAGGUCCACCAAUCCUGAACCGGCAAGAUGGGAAUCAGCUCCCUUGGCCCGCUGAUGUUUCUGGGAGCGCACAAGCUUCUUACCCUGGAAUGCCGACUGCGCUGGGGGAGCGACAUGAACCCUAUGGUGCACCAGCCCCCCUCCUCCCUGCACCCCGGUUCGGCGAAGCUAGUCAGUAUUCCCCUGCAGCCCCUCUUCAAGGAGCUGAAGCUGGACUGGGCCUCCCCCAGGAGCCCUCAUAUUUUCACACAGGGCUGGGCUCAGAGAGCAAUGAGAUGGGGCAGGCACAGCCCAUGACACGGACCCCCCACGGACAGGAGGGUGGCCGCCAAGAGCCCCAUUCCUUUCCUCCCCCUCCAUCCACUUUCCUACCACAAUUCCAGUCAAGCUCCUCGCAGUGGGCAGUGAAUCACGGCAGUCGACCUCCAUCUGUCCAGAACUACUUUCAGCCUAGUGACCCCCAGACCCAAGGUUUUGUUGGUUACAGUGCCCCUCAGCCUGUCUCACUUCAGCAAAGUCAGGCAGUAGGCAGCCACUGCCAGCAGCACCACUCCCCAUCAAUGGAGUCCCCGGCACAGUUUGCUGGAACUGAGCACCAAGAUGCUGCCCGACCACCUCUGUUCCACCAAAUGUCCCAACGUCAGCAGCAUUUCUCUGGCACUAGCUUUGUCCGGUCAGAGGAUUGGCAAUCUGGCCCCCCUCGAGAAGUGUACCAGCCACAGGCUGUGCCUCACUCGGAAAACCAGGCUGACUGUCCUGCCCCACGCUCAGACCCACCAUCUGGAGACUCUGAACCCGGAACUGUAUCAAUGUUUUUCAAAGGGGGUGAAGUGGAGAACAAAGAAACCCUGGUGCCUGAGCAGCAGAGUGCUGUCUGUGCCGGUAUUGGGGAGGCCUUCCAGCCCAGCACUGGACCCUUCUUCAGCACACAGCAGCUGUCAGACCUUUGCAGUGGUACUGCUGAACCCCGAAGCUUAGGCCCUCACCCAACUGGCCCGUGUGGUGUUUACAGCCUCGGGGGUGGGGAUCCUGGUGGGGCAGCAGAUUCCACUCAGGCCCAUGGUGAACGGCUGGCGUUAGAAGAUGAUGAGAAUUCUGAAUUUGUCCAGAAUCAGGAGGUCCUGCCCACUGAGCCUGACAGGACUCCUGUGGCAUUCCAGCCCAUGCCUGGAUUGGUGAACCAAGGGCUGCACACUGUCAGAAACAUGAGUGGAGCAGGACCACCACCAAAUCUUGAGACCCCAGACUCUGCGCACCAUCCUCUGCGAUGUGACAGUAUCUCUUCAAAUCACAGUAGUGCCAGUCACAGCAGUGGCUCCAGUCUGCGGAGAUCCCACACCCAGACAAACACAUUCAUUCAACAAGAGAGUGGGAAACCUCCCACCGAUUCCCCGAACCGUUUCUUUGAGCAGAUUGACUCCUCCCCACUGAGUAGAGACCCUUUGCACCUUGGCAAGGAGGCAGAGUGUGCAGGGCGGCCAUUGUACUACAGCCAGCUAUCUCAGUCUGCUGCCCUUAGCUCCCCAAAACCAAUGGCUACCUUCCAAGCUAGCGCCAACAGCUCAUUCGAGCCAGUCAGAUCGCAUGGCCAACUGGCGGUCAAAGCUGUUGAAGUGGACCAAGCAAAGAUGGUGAUGGAGUUGAGCCAGUCGACGGUGACCACUGUGGGGCAGAGGCCUGGUGCUAGCACGUCAGACAUCUCCCCGGGUAACUUGGAACAGCCACCAGAUAACCUGGAAAACAUCCGUAUGCCCCAGCCUCGCUCAAACCUCUAUGCCAGCGUUGGGGCGUCCAAGAACGUGGCACGGCCUACAUCAGAGGAGUCCCACAAGAGACCGUCCUCGAGGGUUUCUGGUAUCUGGGUGAAAUCGGAGAGCCCUGCCGCCACUCUGUGGGCACAGAGCGAGUUGCCAACUUUCUCUGCUGGCAUCAUGUUGGCACCAGCAGCUCCGGCAGUGUCUGCAGCUGCCAAAUUGGAGGUGAUCCAACCGCCUGAAGAUAGCAGUAAGAGUUCAACCUACCCUGUGCCUCCUGGAAACAUGGAAAACCCACCCCAGAUGGCAGAGGACAGACCUCCAAGAAACCAGACAGCUCCAAGCUAUGCCACACUCCUGGUCCCUACUCCAGCCUCACCAACCCCAGCUGUGCUGCUUGCUCGGCCUCUUCAAACCUCCCCCAACAUUUCCAGCCCUGAGCGGUCUCUCCGCGAUCGGGGCGACGGCCAAAGUGCUGCCUUUGCAAGUCCGGUCCCUCCCAAUCCUGAGUUGGCCACCAUGGCCCAGGGAGCACCACCUGCCCAGUCUCCACUGAAUCUGGCUGCAGACAGUCGCACCAACCUCAGGAGGGCCAGUGAAGGGCAGUCAGUGGAUACUGCCAUCACCGCCAGCCUUCCGUCUAGCCGAGACCCUGGAGCGAUUGUAACCUCGCCAGCUUCCAAUCUUAAACCACCCAGCGACAGUGGCAAGGAUGAAACAAGAGACCAAGGGUUUGUUCAGCCCAACCCAUCUGCCAACUGUGAGAUGCUUGAUUUCACACUGCACAGUACUGUGCCUAAUCAACCCUUAACUGGCACACAUCCGGCUGUUUCCCUGCCACUUGGUGGUACCUCACAGCAGUCAGUUCCUUGCCACACGUACACCACGGGCCUCUACACCAAUGACAAAGCAGGUUUCUACCUGCAGGUCACUACAGACGUCCAACAGCAACAGCCAGUCACUACAGUGAGUGGACAGCAGGCACUACCAUCACCAGUAGUUCAUGACCAGUGCCAACCAGGGCCACUACCAGUCAGUGGCCAGUACCCAUCAGCCAGUUAUGGGUACCCGGGAUCUGGCCACACUCAGCCUCCAGCACAGGAGCAGCACCUGCCAGCUCAGGCUGCAGUAACAGCAACAAUUGCCCCCCAGCCCCCCUCCCUCCAUGACGUGAUGCCACAGCACCCAUACCCGACAGGGCAGCCACAUGCAGGUUAUAGUUACGCCUACCCAUACGUGUGCCAGGACUACAGUGCAGAGUCUCAGCAGCCUUAUGUCAUGCAUUACCCAUCGUACCCUACACUGGACCCUAGAGUUGGCCAGCAGAUGCCCUACCCGUUGAUGGAUUCCAGAGGCAACCAUUCGUACUACCAGGAUGAUCCAUACCGACGUUAUGCUCGACAUGGCAGAUACGAUGUUAAUAACAUGAGUUACAAGGAAUCAGAGAGGGAAAAAACCAGUCGGCCCAGCUCAAGAGCAAGUCAGUCCUCCAAUCGACCACCUUCCAGGCAAGGGUGCAUUGAAGACCUGUAUGGUGGAAGAAGUGGGCGAGAGGGAUAUCCUGGUUAUUAUCCAGAUUAUUACAACAGUCAAUAUCAGUACAGAGAUUCGGCUCAUUGGGAUAGGUAUGACCCAGCUGCUUAUGAUCCUCGAUACCGAGACUACAGGGAAUAUGAUAUGCCAUACUGGUACUAUGGACCUUACCGGGAGCUGUAUACAGAUAGGCGAAAUGGAUUUGAGAACCUCUGGCACUACGACCCUCGCUAUGAUGUGAGCUUCGAUGAAGGUAGUCGGCAGGACCUGUACCCCGAUGAGAUUGAUGGGCACAGCACACACAGUGAGCAGUCUGUUCACAGCGUACUGAGCUCGCACAGUGUAAGGAGCAGGCGGAGCAGCUUUGGCUCCCGGUCUCAUCAGAAUCAGAUUUACAGAAGUCAGCAGGACUUGACUGAAGGACAAGCUCAUGCAGCCAGCACAGAUUACACUUAUGGACAGUACUCUCAAAGCACAGUACAUCCAGGAUACUUGGAUUAUCAGUACAGUUAUCCAACAGAAACUGGUUGGCAGCCCGUGGAGAAAGCUGCAGCUCCACCAAGACCAGUGACCCCUGAGAAGUUCACAGUUCCUCAUCUGUGUGUCCGGUUCAGCCCCGGAGGGCAGUUGCUGAAAGUAUUGCCCAACCUCCCUUCAGAAGGACAGCCUGCCUUGGUGGAGCUGCACAGUCUGGAGAUGACACUGCAGCACAUGCCUGAACAAGAAGACCUGAAGAAGUUCCCAGGGCCACUGGUGAAGGAAGAGACUCAUAAAGUUGAUGUUAUCAACUUUGCUCAAAACAAGGCCACGGAAUGCCUGAGGAAUGAUGAGCUUCUGGAUAAGGAGUCUGCCAGCCUGUUGUGGGAACUGAUUGUGCUGCUGUGCAGGCAGAAUGGGACAGUGAUUGGUACGGACAUUGCUGAACUCCUGCUGCGGGAGCAUCGGUCCGUUUGGCUUCCUGGCAAAUCGCCCAAUGAAGCAAACCUUAUUGACUUCAACAAUGAUUUGGUUCCACGUGCAGAGGAUGAAUCUUCCCUCUUCACAGACAGCUUUCUUGAUGGUAACGCUGCAGAAAACCCUGUCAAGGACACAGAACGCUUCCGUGAACUGCUGCUGUUUGGCCGCAAGAAGGAUGCCUUGGAGUCGGCCAUGAAGCAUGGCCUGUGGGGCCAUGCUUUGUUACUCGCGAGCAAAAUGGACAGUCGGACGCAUGCAAAGGUUAUGACCAGAUUUGCCAACAGUCUGCCUAUCAAUGACCCUCUGCAAACGGUAUACCAGCUGAUGUCUGGGCGCAUGCCAGCUGCAGCCACGUGUUGUGGAGAUGAGAGGUGGGGGGAUUGGCGGCCUCACCUUGCCAUGGUGCUGUCCAACCUCUCCAAUGGCCCAGACCUGGACAGGAAAACCAUCACGACAAUGGGCGACACACUCGCUACCAAGGGGCUGUUGGAUGCCUCUCAUUUCUGCUAUCUAAUGGCUCAGGUUGGAUUUGGAGUGUACACCAGAAAAACCACCAAACUCGUUCUGAUUGGCUCAAAUCACAGCUGGUCCUUUCUGAAGUUUGCUUCAAGUGGGGCCAUCCAGCGCACAGAGGCAUACGAAUACGCACAGGCGUUAGGCAACCAAGUCUGCUUCCUCCCUAACUUUCAGGUAUUUAAGUUUAUUUAUGCCUGCAGACUGGCUGAGAUGGGUUUAGCCGCACAAGCCUUUCACUACUGCGAGGUCAUCGCGAGGACUGUUCUCAAGAAUCCAGCAUAUUACUCAGCAGUGUUCUUGAGCCAGCUUAUUCAGAUUUCCUCCCGGUUGCAAUUCUUUGACCCUCAGUUGAAGGAGCGGUCAGAGCAGGAGUUGAAUGUGGAGCCGGAUUGGAUUAAACAGCUCAGGCAAACUGAAAGCCAGUUGAAGGAUGGUGCUUUUGUUUGCAGGUCAGGCAGAGCUACACCUCAGCUUUUCUGUUCCAGUACUCCCAGUUCAGAGUAUGACCAGGUCAGCCAGUCAGAUGGGCAAGUGACAGGCUCCCAUGAGGAGGCUUUGGGCGUGGACAAUCCACUGAUGACAUCCUUUGCUCCAGACACAGGAUUGCCAGGAAUGCCUGGAAUGCUCGGAGUGCAGCUCAUGCCACCAGCCCCUCCACACGCCGUACUGGAUGGCAGGCCAACAGUGGCCCCUCCCCCACAGCCAAUGACAGACAGCGGAAUUCCCAUGUACUCACCCACCCAAGCCUUGCCUGCCUUCCCAGGACAGUCUACCCACUCUGCCUUCAAGCAGCCCUGUGAGCCAGCUAAAGGUCCCCCGUCGACAGCCCCAUCUGGAUCUCCCCUGGGGCCCCCCACAGAGGUUCUGCAGACUGUGCUGGAGCAGCAGGUGCCUGAGAACACAGAAUGUAAUUCCAUCAAUCAUCAGAUGUCACCUAAAAGACCCAGCUUUGGGGAAAGUGGACAGCAGGAUUUCUAUGAUCACAUGGUCAAAAUGGCUCCUGGAAGAAGAUCGAGGUCGACGUCUCAGUCGUCUUUGCACAUGCCCUAUGGGAGACGCUCACGAACCACCUCCGAGUCAUCCGCCCACAGCAUGGGCCGAGAGAGGCACCCGUCUGCCGCUAACCAGUCAACACUCCCACCUCCGUCAGAGACGAUCGCCAACGCAGUCCCGGAAACGAAAAAGGAACCCAAACGGAAGGAACCUGAGACCAAAAAGGCAAAGGGUGGUUGGCUGAGCUGGUUGCGGCCCAGUAGGAAGACCGAAGCCCAUUUACCAGACGACAAAAAUAAAUCUAUUGUGUGGGAUGAGAAGAAGCAACGAUGGGUGAACCUGAAUGAACCUGAGGAGGAGAACAAGCUUGUUCCUCCUCCGCCAAGUUUCCCAGUGACUGCCCCUACACCUGCCUCAAGUUCUAUUCCCUCAGCCGCACCAGCACCCUCAAGUGGCCCUCCACCUAGGAACAGGUUCUCCAUGAAAGCAGGUACGAAAGGUCGAUAUGUGGAUGUCCUGAAUCCCAGUGGAUCACGGCCUGGUGGAGUUCUGAUGCCCCCAGUUGACCUGUUUGCCCCCUUGGCACCUAUGCCGAUCCCCACCAACCUCUUUGUACCAAUGCCAGGUGAGGUGUCUCAGCCUUCAGAAGGAAACCCAGGAGAGACCCCUCAACCUGUGGAACAGGCAAACCCUGAGGCGAUCGCACAGCCCCAGAUAUUUAACGCGAUACCAAAUGCUGAUUCUUCACCACCUGAGCCCGACAACUUGCAACAUGGAGAGACUGCUGCUCAGCCUGCGCAUGGCGGCCCUGCAUCAGGAGCCGUUCAGUUUUACAAUCCUGCCCAGUUCCCCCAGACCUCGGCAGGAACAACAGGCUCUCGACCAGGAAGGUUUGGACAAAGGAAGUAUCCGACAUUAAACUGAAAGUCUUAAAAUGAACCCUGAAAUGAAUGGAAUUUUAAACCCCUACUGGGGACAUUGCAGGUGAUGUACUGUGAUGUUUGCAGUUACAAACGAUUAAACUGGAGUGGUGUGUCAUUUUAAUAGUUCUUGCCCUUAAUGAGGUCUCCAGAAAUGCCAAUAAUUACGAAUCCUUUUGAGGACCAGUUGAGGAACUAAAAUCUGAUGAUGUGGGAAAUAUAAUUGUUUAUUCCUGGUUUAGCCAUUUAAAUAAUAAAUAAAACCCAGUUUGACAAGAGCUGUAGCUGCAUGGCACAAAUUACAAUGCAAUGUGAUCAAAGGAAAAAAAAAAACACCCUCCAAAAGUGACUGUAAAUGUCACAGCAUCGAUUGCAAAGUGAAAUUGGUGUUGACCAGAUCCUGGCACAUCCAGAAAGAUGUUCAGCAUUUUGAUUCUUUAGUUGCUAUAACUGUUCCAUUUUAAAUGAGAAAGGUUUGUUUGGAAGGGUGGGGGGGUAGGUUGGGGUAAGGGAAGAGAAAUGCUGGAAGAUUGUCCCUGAUCAUUUGUAUUCAGACAAUAUAUAUAAAAGGCUGCUGUAUGAGUAUUGUAUAGCCAGACCCAUCUGUUGUACAUUAAUACUUUAAAAAUAUCUGGAAGACUAUGUGAAUAAAUAUUAACGUGCAAUAUCAGUGCUAUCUUUCUCUUAUUCUGGGAGAAGAUCCAAUGGACAUGGGAGAAGAGAACGUGAAGAUGAGCUGGGAGGGGCUUGGUCCCCUCAAAGGAUUACCCCCCCACCUCCCCUUCCAGCACCCUCUCUCUCUCUCUCAAACAGUAUUUUGAAGGUGCUUUGCCCAAUUGCAAUAUUUGAAACAGCCACAGAGAUGCAGUGUAAUUUGGGAUAAUUUUGUUUGGAGUGAAAUCUGAUCUCGAUGCCCUUUAAAUAAUGUGAUUUUUCCCCCAAUGCCACUUAACAGUCUUUAUCUAUAAUGCACCUCAAUCCCAUGUAAUUUAGCACCCUCUGUACCUUCUCAUGUAGACUGCACAAUAUUUCAAACUCAGAUUCUUCUCUUGCCGGAGAAGUUUAUUUUCUUGUUUUAAGGAUGCACACUGUAAAUUGUUGAAAGGAAAUAAAAUAUUUUGCGUUCUGGAACAUUUUCAA